AUGGCCGGUAGUUUCGACGACCAAUGUAUCAGACUCGAAGUCAUCAGCGGAAAAAACCUUCAUGUUCUUUCCGAGCGUAUACCUGCAGGCAUCUACGUGUUCAUUAAACUCGACUCGACUCGACUCUGGAAAUCAGCCAUUCAAGUUCCAUCAUCCAACAGUUAUGUAGCGUGGGGCGAUACCGCGAACCUACCAUCACAUGCGUCACCUCAAGUAUCGGUUGAGAUAAGGGCAUCCUUAGAGCUCAGUCGGAUGCUAGGCAAUGGAGAACUUAUUGGAAAACUUAAAAUGUCUUGGGAUGAACUGCUCGGUCACGGAGAUGAGCCUUUCGAAAUGUCCUUCCCACUUGUUCGCGGUGUCCACCCAUCUGUCACGUUGAAGGCUGCUGCUGUGAAUGAUUGCGGAAACAACAACGGUGAACUGUUGAACCUCAUCGUCGACUGCGAGAUCGCUCGAGACACUGAUGUGGGUCACACAAGAUUUGGUGAAUAUGUGACAAGCAAGAGGGUCUCUGACCUGAACGAUGCCGUGGCACAUUUUGAGUUGGUUCUAGAGCGGUGUCCGGUCGGCCACCCCGACCGCGCAGCUGCACUGACCAACCUCGCGUGCGCACGCCUGAAAGGGUACAUUUGCAGGGAUCUUCAAGAUAUCGACUCUACUACGUGUCUAUUCCGCGACGCUCUUGCAUUGCGUCCGCAGGGCCACCCUGAUCGUCCGCUAUCCCUCUAUUACCUCACUGAAGCGCUGACCUGGCGCCACAACGAGGAAAAGACAGCUGCCGACAUCCGCGAAUCUGCUCAGAUCUACCAUGAGCUACUGCCACUCUGCCCAGAGGGCACCUAUCUUCGGAGCAUCGUGGAAGGGGCUAAUGGCGUGGAUUAUGUAAUUAGCGGAUGCAACAAUCUUCCGAUAGACGCAUCCGAUGAAGACAUCCGCCUUCGACGAAUCGUCCUCGAGGUCUGUCCUCAGGGCCAUGAACACCGUCUCAACUCCCUCUAUAAGCUUUCAUGGGCACUCGGUAAACAUUUUGGGCAACGUGGGAGCAUUGUUGAUAUAGACGAGAGCAUACAACUUGGUCGUGAAGCUGUUUCUCUGUGUCCCGAGGGACAUCCUGAUCGUGGUGUCUGCUUGAAUAACUUGGCUUUCUCACUCCGCUACUACCGCUUCAGUCACCAGGGCAAAUCUGAUGACCUCAACGAGGCCAUCUCUCUGUAUGAGGAAGCACUGUCCCUGAGCCCUGUUGGGCACAAAUCUCGUGAUACACUAUUGGACAACCUAGGAGGCGCCUUCCUCGACCGUUUCCACCAACGCGGCGAGGUAGAAGACAUCAACAGAGCUAUCAGCCUCCAUCGCGAGGCACUGACAUUGUGCCCACCUGGGCAUCAAUAUCGCGACACCACACUUUCCAACCUUGCCCUCGUGCUCGACACCAGAUAUGACAAAUCACAUGCCAACGAGGAUCUUAACGAGGCCAUCGAGUUGUACCGUGAAUCAAUUCGGUUAAAGCGGCAUGAUGAUCCAGGGCGCCAUAGAACUCUUUACAAUUUGAGCUCAGCACUCUGCUCUCGUUUCACGAGAACUCAGAACAUUGAAGAUGUUGAGGAGGCCAUUGAGCUCUGCCAAGAAUUAUUGGCGGCUUUGCCAUCACUGCACCCAGACGGGUACUACAGCUACAUGUGGCUGCAGGAGGCCUAUCUGUCUCGUUACCGAGUGCAAUGCAAUUUGGCUGAUUUGUCACUCGCAGUUGAAAACUUCAGAUUGGCGUCAAGGCAUCCCACUCAAGGCUUACCACAACGCAUCGUUACAGCAUUUAAUUGGACUGUAGCAGCAGAGCAGCAUGGCCAUGGAUCUGCACUGGAGGCCUACACGACAUUCUUCGAGCUUCUUGACAAUGCAUCAUCAUGUGCCUUACGCCAUCAUAACGUGGAAAAGGCUGUCGAACUCGUGGAGCAGGGCCGUGGCCAGCAGUGGUCACUGGCGUCUCGGCUCAGGACUCCAGUCGAAGAACUCGAAUCAGCAAACCCAAAACUGGCUCACGAGUUUUCGGAGCUGAGCAAGCGUGUUUCCGAUGCUGCUCAGGGUUCUGCAGCAAUCACCGACAGAGCUGCUGCUGAUCAGGCAGCAAUGAAGUACAGGAGGUGUACAGAGCAGUGGGAAGCUGCAAUGGGCAAAAUCCGCAACAUUCGAGGUUUCUCGCGGUUCCUCCUCCCGCUAUCAUACGAAGACUUGCAAGCGGCAGCGUGCGACGGCCCAGUCAUAAUUCUCAUUGCGAGUGAAUAUUCGUGCAAUGCCAUCAUUGUCCCGACGUCAGGGGUGCCCCAUCAUGUUCCUUUCCUCUCUCUCACUCUCGCAGAUGUCGAGAAACUCAAAUACGACUUCGCGAUGGCGAUACGACAUGCAUCACUGAUGGGCCCAACAGAGUCGAGGACAGACCUGAUAGUACUCUUGCAGAAGAUAUGGGAUGAGAUCAUGCUACCGAUCGUCGACGUACUACUUGGGCAUGAUCUCAAAGUAAAGCACCGCUCUCGAAUAUGGCUGUGUCCUACUGCAGCCUUCACAUCCAUUCCUCUCCAUGCAGCUCAUCCAUCUCGAACGAAAGCAGAUGGAAGUGGGCGGGAAUUAUCCCUCGAGGAUACCUUCAUUUGCUCCUACACGCCCACACUUUCCGCUCUCAUCAGAUCUCGACAGGCGAUGAAGACGCGUGCGACGAGUCCAUCCUUCGUGGCGAUUGGGCAAAGUCAGCCGGGCGCAGGGCAAGGCACGGCGCUCGCCGCUGUCGACAGCGAGCUUGAGCUCGUCCAUACACUCCUCCCCCCCAAUGCCAAGUUCACCAGUCUUUCGGGAGGAGAAGCUACACAGGCCGGUGCACUCGAUGCUUUGCAACGCAACACCUGGGUGCACCUGGCUUGUCACGGCAAGCAGGACCGUGAGCAACCUUACAAUUCACGGUUUGCCAUGAGAGACAAACCUCUCACCCUCCUUGACAUCAUGGAGAAUGACACUCCGCAAGCUGAAUUCGCAUUCUUAUCGGCGUGUCAUACCGCUGUCGGCGAUGAAGAGACGCCCGAUGAGGUCAUCCACCUCGCAGCUGGCCUACAGUUUUCAGGGUUCAAGAGUGUGAUUGGCACGCUGUGGGUGGUCGAUGAUGAAGUCGUCAAGCACGUUGUUGAAGCAUUCUACGAGAAUAUGUUCAAAGACUUGAAAGAUGGUGUCUUGGACUGUACGAAGGCAGCCAAAGCACUCAAUUAUGCUACGCAUGGGGUGAAGAAGUUGGUGCCGCUCGAGCAGAGGAUUGUUUUCAUUCAUAUUGGUGCUUUUGCUCGAGUCGCCCUGACCGAGUGGAGAGUGAUGUCCACGCAGACAGAAUUGAUCGUGUCGCUCAAUAUCCUUCUCUUCCGAGUUGAGAUAGACCUCUGA